AUGAGUUUUUUAUUAGCAUUAAACGAGUCGAAGAAAAGUGCAGAAGGCUCUGUCGCAAGUGAUAUUACCGAAAAAGUAUUUGAGAAAGAAAUUCAUGAAAUGAAUAGUUUGAAUAUGAUCAUGCACAUUGAAGGCUUAAGGGAUAAAUCCUUUGGUGAUGAAAAGGAGAAAAAAGAAGAAAAUAAAAUAAAGAUGAAAAAUACAGAUGAGAAAGAAAAAGAAGAGAACGGUGAAGAAGACGAAGAAAAGAGUGGUUCUAUUAAGAACAGUUUUAUGAAGAUAUUUCAAAAGAAGAAAAAAAAAAAAAAAAAAAAAACUAAGAAAAUAAAAGAACGUAAUAUAAAUAAUAUAUAUGAUUCUAAUUGUUUAUUAACUAAUCCUGAUAAUGUAGACCCAGAUAAAUAUUAUCUUUCAUUCAAUGAGUUGAAGAAAGAAAAUAAUGAUAAUGAAGAAAAUUAUUCUUCAAAUGACAAACAAAAAAAUAUAGAUGAUUCUAAAGAUAUAGUUCAAAAUAAAGAGAGUAUGAAUAAAGAACAAAUAAAAGAUAAUAUGAAAAGAAAAAAAAAAAAGAUAAAACUUUCAUCUUAUGGUACAAAUUCAUUGGAAAAUGUAAAAAUCAAAAAUAAUGAUUCAAAUGAGAUUAAUAAUAUGGAUGAAACAAAUAAUAGCAUAUAUAAAGAAAAACAAUCAAAUGAUUCAAAGGAUAAGAAAAUGAAAUCAAAAAGGUUUAAAAAUUUAAAGAAAAAAAUAACGUCACCAAAAUUUACAAUGUCAACAAAAGAUAAAAAUAAAAAGAGUGGGAAUAUGAAUGAAAAUAAUUUUAAUUUUGAUCCUGAUGAUGAUUUAAAAAAAGAAAUUGAAAAGAUAAAGAUUGAUAUUGAAAGAAUAAAAAAUAAAGGAAAUAUAAAAAGAAUGUAUGAUGAUUUAAAAUAUAUUUUAUUAUUUCAAAAUGAAAUUGUUAAUAUAAUAAUAGAAGAUAUUCGAAAAAAUAAAGUGCGAACAAAAUAUGAAAUGCUUGAAGAUAGUACAGUAAAAGAUGAUGUGAAUAAAGUUAUAUUAAAUCAUAUUACAUUUGAUCUAUUAAAAUUUAAAUAUAUUAAUACAAAAUUAAAAGAAUUAAUUUUGUGUGUAUAUGAUACAAAAAAAUUUAAUGGCUUAGUAAAAAAAAUUGUAAAUAAUAAAGCUCAAGAAAUGAGGAAAAUUGUAGACAAAAAUGGAGAAUUAUCAGUUGCCAAAUCUAUGUUAUCUUUUUUAUAUAAACAAUUAAAAUACUGUAUUGAAGAUGAAAUACAAUGUUAUUAUAAUGAAGUAAAAAAAUUAAAUGAUGAUAUUCAUAAUAUAAAAAGGAAUGUUAUGAAUAUAAUUUUUAAGUCAAUUAAUGAUGUAUGUACUAUUCCAGAUCCUUAUCAAAUAUAUGAUAUGGGUGAUAAAAUUAAUAGGAAAAAAGGUACAAAAGAAAAUGAUAAUUUAAAUGAUAUUAAAGAUGAUGAAGAAGUUAUAUAUGAGAAAAAUAUUGGUGAAUAUGAAAGAAAACAACAAAUGAUAUGUCCAGAUUACAGUAGUGAUUUAAAUUUAUUUUUUUCUCUCUAUGACAAUAUACAUAUGGAAAGGAAAAAGUAUAUAAAAAAUAAAACAGUAAUGUUUAAAAAUUAUUGUGCCGAUGGUGAUAAUGAUGAUUCUCAUAAUAAUAAUAAUAAAUUUAAUAAUAAUGUUAAUAAUAUUUAUGGUAAUAUGAAAAAUAUAAAAUCGUCAACAUAUGGUAGUAAUAAUAAUAUAUCAGAUAAACAUGCUCAUUUUGUAACAUCUUCAAAAAAUAUAAAUGAAACGUACAUACCUACGCAUGUGAAUAAAUCCAUUCGUUCAGUAGUAUCACAAAAUUAUUUAGCUCCUUAUAAUAUGUUCCAGAAUCGACAGAAGACAGAUGAUGUUAUAUAUGGUGAUCGAAAUAGCCAUUAUUAUAUAAAUAAGAAUUAUGAGAAAAAAUCUAAUAUUAGUAAUAAUAUUCCUUUAAAUGUUAAAUUCAUAAAAAAAAAUGCUAAUAAUCCUCGACAUACUGUUUCUAAUAUGAAAAUGAAAAGGGAACAAUAUUUGGAUGAUUUGAAAAACUAUUAUUGCAAUAUAAAUAUUCCAUGGAUUGGUAUGACAUGUACGAAUCCUUCAAGCAGUAUGAGUAAGAGUUUUUUAAGAAGAAAAAGUAGUAAUAAAAAAAAAGGCAAGGUAAAUGAUGUUUUCUUAUUUCACAGUGCACCAGAUAAUGAUAUAAAUCAUACAAACGAUACAGAUGAUAUAAAUGAUAUAAAUGAUAUAAAUAAUAUAAAUGAUAUAAAUGAUAUAAAUAAUAUAAAUGAUAUAAAUCAUAUAAAUCAUAUAAAUAAUAUAAAUAAUAUAAAUAAUAUAAAUGAUAUAAAUAAUAUAAAUAAUAUUGACAAUAAUAAUAUAUUUGAAUAUGUGGACUAUCAAGAUAGUGAUAUGUAUAAUAAGAAUGUAUAUCCAAAUAAUGAUGUUUAUAGUAAUUAUCAACAUGACUCAAUUUAUGUUCCAUAUCCGAAUGAACUAUUUAAUAGGGAUCAUAUUAUGUAUAAUAACCAUAAUAUGAUGCAUGAUCAAAAUUUUGUAUAUAAUUAUGAUUAUAAAAUUCAUGAUAUGCAAAGAAAUAAUUAUGGACAAAAUUAUGUAAACAAUAAUUAUAUGAGAAAUCAAAUGAAAAAUAGUUAUAUUGAUAAGGAUAUGUUGGAUGGAAGUUUUAAUAAAAUGUCUCAUAUAAUAAAUUAUAAAGAUGAAUACAGCAAUGAUUAUUCUAAUUAUAAAAAUUAUAAAUUGGGAGAAAGUCAUAAUAAUUCAUUACAUAUGUAUCAUAAUAUGAAUGAUAAUGUAUAUAGUGAAAGAUAUACAAAACCGUCCAAUGUUACUUCAGUAACAUUUUUAAAAAAUGAAGUUAAUAUAAGGAAUAAAGAUGAUAAAAACAAAUAUAGUGGUUUUGAAAUUAUUUCAAGCAAAGAAGAUAUAAAGAAAUUAGAGAAUUUAUUAAAUGAUAAAUGGGGAAGUUUUAAAUUAUUUGAGAAAUGGAUUAAAGACAGUUCUAAAUGGCAAUGGAUUGAUUUAAAACUUCAAAAAGAAUUUAUAAAUAGUAAUAUCGAAUUAGAAAAAUUAAAGGAAGAAAAGACUAAAUAUUUAGAAAAAUGUAUAAAUAAUAAAAUAAAAGAAUUAUGGUGUGGUCGUAUGAAAGGAUUAAUGAAUUUAAAGUUAUGUAAUAUGGAAAGGAAAAUAUUAAAACGUUUCUCAAAUUAUUAUAUUAAUCAAGAUAUCUAUGAUGUUGUUCUUGAUUUUGAGAGGAAUUCUAUGUGUUAUCAAGAUUUGUAUGCGAAGUUUUUAAAUAUUGAAGUAUAUAGUAAAAAAGUUGAUUUCAUUAAUAAAUAUAGUGAAUAUAAUGAACAAUUAUAUGCUGGAGGUGAUUAUAUAUAUAAUUAUAAUAAUAAAGAUAAAAAGAACAAAGUAAAUGAUGAAAGUAAUAAAAUUAGUCAAAAGAAAAAAGGAUAUGUACAAUCAUUAAUUUAUAGUUUUAAUAAAAAAUCACAGAAAAGUAUUAAUAAUAAGAAUAAUACUCAAAUACAAAAAGGAAAAAAAUAUAAUAGUAUUAUGAAGGAUCAUACUACUUCAGUACAAUAUAAAAAUGAUAAUAUAUAUAAUAUUAUGGAUAUAACAAAUAAUAGAGCAAAUGCAGUGAUUAAUAAAAUAGAAGCCAUAAAUAAUAAAGCGGACAUGAAUAAUAACAAAAAAGAAACACCUGCUAAUCUUAUAGAAAAUACAAAUAAAAAGAAUAACCUUGGGGAUAAUAAUCGUAUAGAUGAAGAUACUACAAAAAAAGAUCAAACUUUUGAUAAGCAAAAAAAAGACCAAAAAGAACAAAAAGAACAAGAACAAAAAAAAGAACAAAAGAAAGAACCAAAACAACAAGAACAAAAAAACGAACAAAAGAAAGAACAAAAAGAAGAACACAAAAAAGAACAAAUGAAAGAACAAAAAAAAGAACAAAUGAAAAAACAAAAAUAUAAAUAUAGUAAUGGUCAAUUGAAUAAUAUGACACAUAUAGGUAAUUUUUCAAUUAAAAAAAAUAGAUCACAUUUUGAUAUCAGUCUACAAGAUUCUGGUGGUAUGUUCAAUUCAAAGAAAAAUUCGUUUAAUGAUAGCUUCUCUUUAUUUAGAAGUGAAUGUAAUAAAAGAAUUUCGGAUUUUUCUUUAUCAAGCCUAAAAAUAAAGACAAGAGAUAUUAAUAAUGAAGAAGAUAUUUCAUUUGAUUUUUCAAAAAUAGAUGAAGCAGAAGGAGAAGAAUAUGAGGAAGAUGAUGGUGAUAAUAACGAUGAUGAAAAUAUAGAGAAAACAAAACGUACCAAAAGUAAUUUAAGUACGUUUCGUAGACUAUUUAAUUUGAAAAGGAAGAAAAAAGAUAAAGAAGAAAAACCUAAAAAAUCAGACGUCUUUCCUUCCGAAUCCUUUUUAUCAUAUUUUAAAAGACAACCUUCAAGUGAUAAUCCUAAUAAUAGUACUAUAGACAAAAAGGAAAAUAUUCAUAAUUUAGAUAUAGAUAAUAAUAUAGAAGAUGAUAAUAAUAAAAGUAGUGUUAUAUUGUUAAAUAAUAAAUCAUUAUCAGUAGAAGGAUAUAUAUAUGAUAAUGAAAGCAUAAUUAUAGAAAAAGAAGUAGGUGAACAUUUACAUAUAGAAAAUAUGGCAGAUAAACAUAUUUCAUUAGAUGAUAUAAAUAAUGAAGAAAUAUAUGAUAGUCAUAGUAAAUCAUCUAUUAAUCAUAACAUAUACUUAAAUGAUAUAAAUAAAAUAAAUCAAAUAAUGGAACAAAAAGAACACAAGAAUUAUGCACAUAACAAGGAUUUAAUCAAAGGUGUAAAGAAUAAACCAAUUAAGACAGAUGAUAAGAAUAGAAUAAAAGAAAAGAAUAAUAAAACUAGUGAACACGUUAAUGAUAUGAAUGAAUCAUAUUCAUUUUUAAAUAGUAGUAAUAGUUCUUAUGAGGAAAAUGAUAAAAGAGAAUAUAAGCAGAGUAAGGACAUGCCGAAUAUUCAUGACAAAGGUGACAAUAAGGGUAAUGAUAAAAAUGAACAUAAUGGUGAUUAUAAAAGUAAUACAGAAAGUAAUAAUAAGAAUGAUCUUAAAAGUAAUAAUAAAAGUGAUUCUAAAAUUAAUGAUAAAAGUGAUCAAAAGAAUACAAUUAAGAAUGAUCCAAAAAAUAGUAGUAAAAGUAAUAUUACAAAUGACAAGACUGAGAAUAAGGAAAAUAAUAAACAUUAUUAUAAUAAACAAAGUUCUAGCCAUCGUAGUCAGAAAUCACAAAGUAUUAUAGAGGACGAACUGAAGAAACACAAAUUUGAAGACCAUGUUGUAAAUAUAAGAAGGAAAUUAAGCAAAGAAAAAAUGAUAGAUGAUAACAUUGAUGAAGGAUCAAUAAAAAAUACCAGUAGGAAAAAGGAAAAUUCUUUAUCAAAGUCAGAUAUAUCAUAUCAUAGUAAGCAGGAGGGAAAUAAAUACGAAAAGUAUUCCAAUCUAAGUUUCUUUAAAAAAACUGAUAAAGAUAAUAAAAUAAAUAAGUUUUUUAAGAAUUUAGGAAGAUUUAGUUUUACAGCUUCUAAGAAAAAAGAUAAUAAAAGUUUAGAAGGAAUUUAUACAAAUGAUAUAAUAUUAUAUAGUUUUAGUGAUGAAUCCGAUAUAGAAGAGGGGAAUGAAAAAAAUAAUGAAAAAAUGUAUAUUAAUGAUUCAGAUAAAAUAUACUCCAAAAGUUUUGUAUUGAAUAAUUAUGCUGGUAAGAAAGAUGACGUUAGUAAUAUAAAUACAAGUGAACAGGUUGAUAAUCUGUAUUCUUACAUAAAUAAAUUAAAGAAGAAAAAGGGUAGCGCGGAGUUGGAUAAGACUCAAAAUGAUCAAUCUGUAAUGAAAGAUAAUGGAAAGGAAGUUGAAGUGAAAAAGGUAAAUGAAAAGGAUGAUGAAGAUGAUGAAGAAGAUGAUGAAGAAGAUGAGGAUGAAGAUGACGAUGAUGAUGAUGAAGAAGAUGAUGAUGAAGAUGACGAUGAUGAUGAAGAUGAUGAUGACGGUGAUGAUGACUAUAAUAAUAAUGGUAACAAUACAAGAAUUAAUUCCAAAAAAGAAGAUAAUACCAUUUCACAAAAUAAUUAUAAACACUCGAAUAGUAAUAAUCUUCAAGAUAAAGAUGAAAAGAAAGAUAGAAAAAACUUUCCAGAAAAUGAUAAUAUUACUAAUAAUAAUUAUUCAAAUGAUAUGAAUCAAUAUGACCAAAAUAAAUAUAAUAGUGCAAAUAUAUUAUCCCCUAGAUUUGGUUACAGCACAUCUAAUAAUGAUGGUUUUAAAAAAGUUGACAAAUUAUCUGAGAGUAAUUCAAGUGAAGAUGAAAAUUCUGAAUAUAGUGUAAAGGAAAAUAAAAAUAGUAAAAAAGAUAAAUGUGAAGAAAAUAAGGGGAAAGUACAGUUUUUUAAGGAACAGAAGGAUGAUUCAGAUAAUAUAAUGGAUAAAAAAGAUAAGAAAAAAAAAGAGAAUAUAAAAGAGAUAAAUGAAGAAACGGCAAAAAAUAAAAGUUCCAAAAUCUCAUCAAAUUCAUCAUUUGAUAAUAUAAAUAGAGACAUGAAUAUAAAUGAUAAGCAUAAAAGUUCUGAUAAUGAGUGUGAUGAUGAUGAUGAUGAUAAAGUAGUAAUAAAAUUAUCUAAUAAUAAAGUAGAUAAUAGGGAAAUUUCGAGUUUUCAUAGUAAUAAUUCUGAUUAUGAAAAUAAUAAGAAGAAUACAAAAGGUGGAAUAUCAAAAAAUUUUAUAGAAGACAAAAAAAGUACAUCUAUAUUUUCAAAAAAAAGUAAAAUGAGAGAAGAAAACUCAUCUAAUUCUGUUGAAAUUAUAAGAUUAUCAAGCUUUAAAUCUAGAAAGGAUAUGAACACAAAAAAGAUAGGUGGUAAUAAUGACAAGGAUGAUUCCUUAUCAAAUGAUAAUAUUUCAAAUGGUUAUUUAUCAGACACAAAAAAAAAAGAAGAUUAUUCAUAUUAUAAUUAUGUUCAAUCGAUUUUACCUUUUGGUAUGUUAGGUAAUAAAGGAUCAGGUGAUUCAUAUUCAAGUAAUAGUAUAAAUGAAGACGAAAAGGCAUAA